CCGCUCCAACUAAGUGGCGGGAGUCGGGAGGCUGGAAAGCAAUUCCGAUAAGUUCCCCAUCGGAGGCGGCCGCCGCCACAGCGACUUGCGGGCAGUAGCAAACGAUGACGGCGGCCGCCGCGCUGGCAACCACGUGUGGGGGAUAAACGGCCGACACGGCCAUUGCGGCGCCGAAUCCAGAGAAGGAGUUAGCGUCGACUGCGAAAGAAGACGCGAAGACGGUGACGUUCGCUCCGGGGUCUCCACCGGAAGAGUAAGCGAAGACACCGGCUUCUUCCACAGUGACUCGAGAAGGGUCAGUGAAGACCUAGGUCGCCCCUGCAGUGUCUCUCGUGAGAGAAUUAGGGGAGAUUGUGGCUGUCACAGCAGCUCUCGGGAGAACGUAAAGGGAGGACACGGAUUCCGCAGCAGCAACGUGAAUUUAAGUGAAGUCGGCGACCUCCAAACUAGCGACUUCGGGGGAGUAGGCAGAGAAGACCGCCUCAGUGGUACUUGGGAGGGAGCCAGUGAGGUCCGGGACUUCCGAACUAGUGACUCCGGGGAUAGAGUCAGUGACGACUGCAGUCGCCGCCUCAGUGGCUCUUGGGAGGGAAGGAGUGUUGAUGGCGGCCACAACCCCAGUAGUUCUUGGGAGGGAGUAAGUGAAGACCCGGGCUACGCCGCCAGCGACUCCUCUGGAGUGAGUUUCAGUGAAGACGUCAACCGCCGCUUCAGUGGCUUUUGGGAGAAAGACAGUGAAGACGACGGUUCUCACAGCAGGGGCUCGUGGGAGAGGACAGGGGAAGGCUGUGGCCUGCGUCCUAGUGACGACGACGACGACGAAGGCCGCUGCCGCUGCAGUGACUCCUGGGUGAGAGCAAGUGAAGACCACCGCAGCAACAGGGGCCUGGGCUCAGCUCCUCUCCAGAGUCGGAGAGGUUGUACCAUGCCCGGGGUGGACAAUUCAGCUCCCUCCGCUCCGUCUAGCAAGUCUGCAAACCCGUGUGCCAAUAAGAACGUGCAUUUUGGUAGCAUACAUGAUGCUGUACGAGCUGGAAAUGUGAAGCAGCUUUCAGAAAUAGUGGAACGUGGAGCCAGCAUUAAUGAAGUUGAUGUUCUCCAUAAAUUUACCGCUUUACAUUGGGCAGCACACUCUGGCAGUUUGGAGUGUCUUCAUUGGCUGCUCUGGCAUGGAGCUGAUAUCACACAAGUAACAACGAGAGGUUGGACAGCAGCUCACAUAGCUGCAAUCAGGGGUCAGGAUGCUUGUAUACAGGCUCUUAUAAUCAAUGGAGCAAAUCUGACAGCUCAAGAUGACCGUGGAUGCACUCCUUUACAUCUUGCUGCAACUCACGGACAUUCUUUCACUUUACAAAUAAUGCUCCGAAGUGGAGAUCCCAGUGUGACUGAUAAGAGAGAAUGGAGACCUGUACAUUAUGCAGCUUUUCAUGGGCGGCUUGGUUGUUUGCAACUUCUUGUUAAAUGGGGAUGCAGCAUAGAAGAUGUGGAUUGCAAUGGAAACCUUCCAGUUCACUUAGCAGCCAUGGAAGGCCACCUUCAUUGUUUUAAAUUCCUGUUCAGUAGAAUGAGCAGUGGAACACAAGCUUUAAAAGCCUUCAAUGAUAAUGGAGAAAAUGUAUUGGACCUGGCCCAGAGGUUCUUUAAGCAGAACAUUUUACAGUUUAUCCAGUGGACUGAGAAUGAAGGAAGUGAUCCAGAGCAUCAGGAAACUUUAGCAUUUCCAGGUCAUGUUGCUGCCUUUAAGGGUGAUUUGGAAAUGCUUAAGAAAUUAGUAGAAGAUGGAGUAAUCAAUAUUAAUGAGCGUGCCGAUAAUGGAUCAACUCCUAUGCAUAAAGCUGCUGGUCAAGGCCACAUAGAGUGUUUACAGUGGUUAAUUAAAAUGGGAGCGGACGGUAAUAUUACCAACAAUGCAGGGGAGAGACCCAGUGACGUGGCUAAGAGGUUUGCCCAUUUGGCAGCAGUGAAGCUAUUAGAGGGGCUACAGAAAUACGAUAUUGAUGAUGACAAUGAAAUUGAUGAAAAUGACAUGAAAUGUUUUAUAAGACAUGGUGUUGAGGGAAGCACUGAUGCCAAGGAUGAUUUAUGUCUGAGCGAGUUGGAUAAAACGGAUUCCAGGAUGCGAGCUUACAAGAAAAUUGUAGAAUUGCGACACCUUCUGGAUAUUGCUGAGAGCAACUAUAAACACUUGGGAGGGAUAACAGAGGAAGAUUUAAAGCAGAAGAAAGAACGACUCGAGUCUCAAAAGACCAUCAAAGAACUGCAGGGCCAUCUAGAGUAUGAACGAUUACGUAGAGAAAAAUUAGAAUGCCAGCUGGAUGAAUGUCGAGCAGAGAUGGAUCAACUCAGAGAAACACUGGAAAAAAUUCAGGUCCCCAACUUUGUGGCUAUGAAAGACAGCUCUUCUUUUGAGUCAAGCAAAGGGAAGAGGCGAGUGAAGAAAAAGGUGUCUUCUGAGGGGGUGUUUGUGAGAAGGUACUAAUCAAUGAAAUAAUGAAAUAAACUUGAUUUUUCUUUUAAAAACCGAUAUAAAUGUAA